CCCCCAUGGUUAUUAAUUUCAGAACACAUCUGAAUUCCUUCUCUGUGGCACAUGCUUUAGUCCAGGAGCAGACAGCUCCUGGCUGGGGUCAGAUUUCAAGUUCUCAUCUGUUGGUACCAAUACCACUACCAGAAUCUUCUUUGUAGCCAACUCUUGAGGUCUUCUCUGAAUACAACUUGGUGUCUGAAGAUCCACUCAAGUACCUGUGCUCAUCAAUCUUUUCAGAAAAUUACAGCCUCCUCUCUUGGCAAAACAUCUACUGUACUGAGUUUUGCUUUUGGAAACAACCUCCCUGAGACCUGGUUGAAAGCAACACUCUGGUGCCAUAGCUCCCAGCAUGGAGGUGAAGAACUUCGCAGUUUGGGAUUACGUCGUAUUUGCAGCCCUCUUUGUCAUUUCCUCUGGAAUUGGGGUGUUCUUUGCUAUCAAGGAGAGGAAAAAGGCAACUUCAAGGGAGUUCCUGGUUGGGGGAAGGCAAAUGAGCUUUGGCCCUGUAGCUUUGUCUCUGACAGCCAGCUUCAUGUCAGCUGUCACAGUCCUAGGGGCCCCCUCCGAGGUUUAUCGCUUUGGGGCAUCGUUUCUGCUCUUCUUUAUUUCCUACGCAUUCGUCAUCAUCCUCACAGCAGAGCUCUUUCUCCCUGUGUUCUACAGAUCUGGCAUCACCAGCACUUACGAGUACUUACAACUGCGAUUCAAUAAACCAGUACGCUACGCAGCCACUGUCAUCUACAUCGUGCAGACGAUUCUCUACACAGGAGUGGUGGUGUAUGCCCCUGCCCUGGCACUCAAUCAAGUGACUGGGUUUGAUCUCUGGGGCUCUGUGUUCGCAACAGGAAUUGUUUGCACUUUCUACUGUACCCUGGGAGGAUUAAAAGCAGUGGUGUGGACAGAUGCAUUUCAGAUGGUUGUCAUGAUUGUGGGAUUCUUAACGGUUCUCAUUCAAGGAUCAGCUCAUGCUGGUGGCUUACACAAUGUAAUAGAGCAUUCAACAAAUGGAUCUCGACUAAAUAUAUUUGACUUUGAUGUGGACCCUCUCAGGCGGCACACUUUUUGGACAAUCUCGGUGGGAGGAACUUUUACAUGGCUCGGGAUCUAUGGUGUUAAUCAGUCGACCAUACAGCGAUGCAUUUCUUGCAAAACAGAAAAACAUGCAAAACUAGCCUUGUAUUUUAACUUGUUGGGUCUCUGGAUCAUUCUGGUAUGUGCUGUCUUCUCUGGCUUAAUCAUGUACUCCCACUUCAAAGACUGUGACCCUUGGACUUCUGGCAUUAUCUCAGCACCAGACCAGCUGAUGCCGUACUUUGUCAUGGAGAUAUUUUUCACAAUGCCAGGACUGCCUGGACUCUUUGUGGCUUGUGCCUUCAGCGGAACUCUGAGCACUGUGGCUGCAAGCAUCAAUGCCUUAGCAACAGUGACCUUUGAGGAUUUUGUCAAGAGUUGUUUUCCCCAUCUCUCCGACAAGCUGAGCACGUGGAUCAGUAAAGGCUUAUGUCUCUUGUUUGGUGUGAUGUGUACCUCCAUGGCCGUGGCUGCCUCUCUCAUGGGAGGUGUUGUGCAGGCUGCCCUCAGCAUCCAUGGCAUGUGCGGGGGACCAAUGCUGGGUCUGUUCUCUCUGGGAAUCCUGUUCCCUUUUGUGAACUGGAAGGGUGCACUGGGUGGCCUUCUGACUGGAAUCACCUUGUCAUUUUGGGUGGCCAUUGGGGCCUUUAUCUACCCUGCACCAGACUCCAAGACAUGGCCCUUGCCUUUAUCAACAGACCAGUGUGUCCCAUCAAAUGUGACACUAUCAUCACCUACAGAGCUAUCCAGCCGACCUGCAAUCGCUGACACCUGGUAUUCGCUCUCCUACCUUUACUACAGUGCAGUGGGCUGCUUAGGAUGCAUUGCUGCUGGGAUAAUCAUCAGCUUCAUAACAGGUUAUCAAAGUGGCAAGGAUAUUCAACCACUGCUAAUUAGACCGGUUUGCGAUUUAUUUUGCUUUUGGUCUAAGAAAUACAAAAGACUGUGCUGGUGUGGUGUUCAGCAUGACAGUGGGACUGAGCAGGAAAACCUUGAGAAUGGCAGUUCCUGGAAACAAGGGGCUGAAUCUGUCUUACAGAAUGGACUCAGGCAAGAAGACCUGGUCAAUAUUCCAGGCCAUGAUCCCAAGGACAAAAGCUACAACAAUAUGGCACUAGAGAAGAUUACUCAUUUCUAACGCAUGCGAGUGUAGCACACACACACACACACACA